GGAAACAAUUUCUGUUUCUUCCCUAAAAACACACAGACUGACGGACAGAUGAGAUUAUUCACUUUCAAAUCAAAGUAACUACCACAGUGGAGCUAAAUGGUGAAUAAUGAAAUCCUGCAAGUCCGUCCUGCUGUGACUCCAAACACUGAAGAGAGAAAAUGGCUGCAAGGUCAGAGGAGGAUCUGUGUUGUCCUGUCUGCUGUCAGCUCUUCAAAGAUCCUGUUCUUUUGUCAUGUAGCCACAGCUUCUGCAAAGACUGUGUGAAGAACUGGUGGAGGAAGAAUCUAAUAAACGCGUGUCCAGUUUGUAAUCAGGUUUCAGAAGAUGAACCUCGUUGUAACUUAAGUUUAAAGAACGUGUGUGAUUCCUUCAUGAAGGAAAGCGAUCAGAGACGUCCAUCAGGACCUGAGUCUGUCUGCAGUCAGCACUCUGAGAAACUCAAACUCUUCUGUUUGGACCAUCAGCAGCCAGUUUGUGUCAUCUGUCGAGAUUCAAAAACUCACAGCGAGCACAGAUUCAGACCCAUCGAUGAAGCUGCUAAGGAUGUUAGAGAGGAGCUUCAGGAAUCGUUGAAAACAUUCCAGGAAAAACUGAAGCUCUUUGAAGAAGUUCAAGGAUACUUUGAGAAAACAGCAGAACACAUUAAGGUCCAGGCCCAACACACAGAGAAGCAGAUUAAGGAGAGGUUUGAGAAGCUUCGUCAGUUUCUGGAAGAAGAAGAAGAGGUCAGGCUGGCUGCUCUGAAGGAGGAAGAGAAGCAGAAGAGUCAGAUGAUGAAGGAGAAGAUUGAGGCUCUGAACAGAGAGAUAGCAGCUCUUUCAGACACAAUAAGAACCACAGAAGAAGAGCUGGGAGCUGAAGAUGUCUCAUUCCUGCUCAACUACAGGACUGCAGAGGAAAGAGUCCAGCAGCACCCCCUGCCAGAUGAUCCACAGGUGGACUCUGGAAGUCUAAUAGACAUGGCUAAACACCUGGGCAAUCUGACUUUCAACAUCUGGAACAAGAUGAAGGACAUGGUCUCCUACACUCCAGUGGUUUUGGAUCAAAACUCUGCUCAUCCAGAACUGAUCCUCUCUGAAGAUCUGACAAGUGUGAAAUGUGGCUGCAGACAGAAGCUUCCAGAAAACCCAGAGAGGUUUGACUGUUUUAUCACUGUGAUUGGUUCUGAGGGUUUUAAUUCAGGAAUUCAGAGCUGGAAUGUUGAAGUUGGAGACAAUCCUGCCUGGGCUGUGGGGGUGAUAGCUGAGUCUGGCCAAAGGAAGGGAGACAAACUAUCAGAAUAUUGGGAAGUAGCAUUAAAUGAUGGCAAAUACACAACAUUCUCCCCAACACGUAACUCCACCGUUCUCUCAGUGAAGAUGUUCAAAAGGAUCAGAGUGGAUCUGGAUUGGAAUGGAAGAAAACUGUCCUUCUCUGAUCCAGAGUCUAACAAAUGCAUACACGCAUUCAGACACACUUUUACUGACAGACUGUUUCCUUACAUCAGCACUGGAAGUGCAGAACCACUGACGAUAUCACCAGUAGAACUCAGUGUAAGAACAGAACAGGAAGGUCUGAAAUAAAGAAAAAGAUGCUUUUAAAGUUACACAAAAUACCUUUCUGCAAGUUAACUCAUUUACAUUAGGCUGCAUGCGCAAAUCAAUAGAUGUAAUAAACAUUAUAUUAUAAAUAUAUCAAAUACUACAGUGUUGUCAAAAAAUGGAACAAGUAAUAAUUCAAAGAACUGUAAAUAGCUUUGGCAGUGUUUACUCUCCCUGUAUCCUGGCCAACUCAUAAAUAGGUGUAACAGUGUAAUGUGGGCAAGACCCGCAGUGACUUGGGUGGGAUGAAUUAAGCCUGAACAUGUCCCUGUUACAGUUACUGAACAAGCAAAAACAGGCUAGCACUUGUUCAGGUGUUUUAAUAAAGCAUAUUUUUGUGGUGGUUUACAUGGUGGCUUGCGUACGGGUAUUAAAAACUCCAACUGCUUCAAUAAGUUAGGGUUAGGGUUAGGGUUAGAUUGGAAAAAGACUUGUGAGAUUGUCUGUUAGAAAGGGAUAUUUCUGUUAGGCAUUGAAAUAUAUGUAAGAGUACUCCUGAGUGUUUGUAAGAUUUGUUCUUACCUAAGAACAAAUCCUGGAUAGGAAAACAUUCAUGGAUGCCACAAUCUUGGUAAAAACUUCAUAAGCAGGAUUUAGGAACAAAUGCGUUCUUCAGAAUGGUUGGUGAAUGAGGCCCAAUAUUGUCAUUCAAUUAAAAAAAUUUAAUUAGUGUUAAUGAUUAAUAGUCAUUCUGAUAUUCUUUGCUUCUGGUCAAGAAAAGUUACUUCUCUUUGUCAUAUCUGUGUUAUAUUUGACUUUAAAUAAAAAUUUAACAUUUUA